AUGGGGCCGCACCCAGGGACUGAGCCAGGGGACGAUGAGGUUGCUGCGGAUCCGGAUGCCUUGCUCCAGGACCUCCUCGAGUCGCUCAGCCAAGCUAAGUACCCAAAGCACGGUGAGGAGCUGACUUACCACACGCCUUCGGCAGCGAGGUUGCCGGAAGCCCGUGAAGAGGAUACCAGGGAGAUUGCGCAUCCCGCUGGCGAUGAGGACUCGGAGCCCUUGCGCAAACCUCGCAAGCUGAGCCUUCAGAAGAAGACGGUGUAUCCGAUCGACCUGCUGGCCGGAGGUUGGCACCAAGGCAACGCGGACCAGCAGCUCUCCCGGCCUUAUGACGUGGUACGGGAUGAGGCCACUGGCGCUACGUACGUCUCAGACAUGAUGAACCAUCGCAUUCAGAAGUGGAUGCCCGGCUCCCAAGUGGUGGAGACCGUGGCCGGGGGCCUGAUCGCCGGGGGAGGCCUGGAUCAGCUGCGAUUCCCCCGUGGGAUCUUCCUGGACACGUCGGGCCGCCUCUUUGUGGCCGACAGUGGCAACAACCGCAUCGUUCGUUGGGACAUCGCCGCAGGGGCCUCCACUGGCGUGCUCAUUGCUGGGGAGCUUGGCGUCCUUUACGAUCGGCAGGGGCAGAUCCGUGGCUACGAGUCCACCUGCUGCCGCGGCGGGCCAGGUCUAUACCAGUUGCGAGACCCGCACGGCGUAUUCGUCAACUUGGCGGGCGAGGUGUUCAUUGCUGACACCGGCAACAACCGCGUCCAGCGGGUCAGCGGGCUGGUGACCACCACGAUCGCAGGCGACUUGGUCCGACCGGAGGCGGUUUUCGCCACCACCGACUCCUUCGUCUACGUGGCGGACACGGGGCAGCACCGCGUGGUGAAGUAUGCGCUUGCAGGGGGCGCUGGAACUGUCGUCGCUGGGGGAAAUGGCAUCGGCACCACCCUGGACAAGACAACGAGCCCCACCGGCAUCCACGUGGACGACAGUGAGCAGGUGGGCGGCGUGCCCAUCAGAAAUAUCUACGUCGUCGAUACGGACAACAACCGGGUGGCGAAGAUCCGGGAGGACGACGGCAGCGUGUCCCUUGCUGCUGGUGGAUGCCUGGAGAGUCCUAGCUACAUCGACCCCUGCAUCGAGGGUGGUAUACACGACCCUCCGCGACCUCACCCAGACGACGAGGAGGCACUGAACCCCUCCUACGACAACCCGCCGAUUUACCACUUCUGGGGUCCUUCAGGUCUUCACAUCAACUCGGGCAUCAACAAGAAUAUCACGGUUGCCGACACUCUGAACCACCGGGUCAUGGUCUGGUAUGCCUGA